AUGAGUCCCGAGAGUCACGCGCAGUUUGAGUACCAGAAGAUGCAGCUCAUCGGCAGCCUCAACAACAUGGCGAACAACAUGCGCGACUGCGCCGCCGCCUUCGACCAGUUCUCGCAAAUAGUGGGGGGUAUUCCGUGGAAUGGCAACCCCACGUCGUUCCCCGCGCUCGCCAACGGCCAGUUCCCCAUGCAGGUUAUGCAGCCCAUGACCAUGACCCAAGACGAAAACGGCAAGAAGCGCAAGUCGCGCGGGGACGACGGCGAUGUGAAGCGUCGCCAGCCGAAGAAGCUCAAAGAUCCCAACGCACCAAAACGCCCCGCGUCGUCGUACCUGCUCUUCCAGAACGACAUUCGCAGCGAGCUGAAAGCCAAGCACCCUCAAAUGCGCAACAAUGAACUACUGAGCGCUAUCGCGAAGUUGUGGGCGGAUAUGCCCCAGUCCGAGAAAGACGAGUACGAAGCCCGCAACAGGGCGGCGAAGGACAAUUGGCUGGCGCAGAAGAAGAUAUACGAAGCGGGCCUGGCGGGCCCAUCUGCUGCUCCGGCCGUUGUCGCUACCCCAGUCAAGGUCGCAGUCCCCGUGCCUGCGGUCGCCGCGGCUGUAGUCACCCCAACGGAAGCCGAGGACGACGAUUCAGAUGAGGAAGACGACGAUGGUAGCUCCGAUGAUGAAAGCUCCGACGAGGUUCAAGUUACCGCACCCCCGCUGAAGAAGAACAAGAAGGAGGAGACUCCGGUUAAGGAGGAGAGUAAGAAGGAAAAGAAGCACAAGAAGGCCAAGGCUUGA